CAUUUCGUUUAUUUCAGCAGGAUAUAAUUAAAAUGUUACAUGUUAAAUUCCCCAACAUAUCUAGUACUUAAUAAACUAUAGGCUAAUGCAACCAAGGCCGAAUUAUGAGAAACAUAAGUGAUUAAUUAAUAGUUUAGCAUUAGGUCUUCAGGCUAUGUAGUCUGUUAGUUCACCUUCCGAACCGAGUCGUUCUCUCUUUUUUCAUGUCUGUUCCCCGGAAACAGAAAUGAUUAAUUCACCGUUCGAGUUAUUCAGAACGAACGAUUAGAGACGUGAAGUAAUAAUUUCUGUGUCCAGUACAGAAUCUAUGGGGAUGUUUCAGCGCAUGCGCGGUCAAAAAUGAAUGAAUCACUCUCUGAAACAACUCGUUGAUCCAGAGUCAUAUAAAAGAUUCGUUCAAAAUUAACGAAUCGUUCAUGAACGACACAUCAUUAGUCCUCUGCAGAAAUGCAUGAAGCGCGGCAUCACUUAACGUCACAUCCGGUGUAAGAUGGCAGCGACCUUGUGUGGCAGGAUUGUUAUAAAAACAGGAUGUCUGCCUUUGGUUCAGAGUGUGCGUCAUGGCUCCAAGGCCGUAACCCGUCACAGAAAGCCCAUGCACAUUCUGAAGCAGAAGCUAAUGGCUGUUACAGAAUACAUUCCACCUAAACCCGCUGCUCCUCCCGGAGCUUUCACACCACGCAUGCAGAAGACUAAAGAGGAAAGUGGCCUGGAGAGGCUGUUAAAGAGAGACCUGGAGUCUGUCUUUAGUGAGUGUAAGAUGAUUGCUGUGCUCCAAAACAAUGCCGCCAAUGCUGAGGACAUGUUGCUGCUGAAGCACAGGCUUAGAAAACAUGACAUCACCAUAAAAUUUUUCCCCAACCAGGUAAUGAGAUCCUUUCUUCCCAGCAGUCCAUAUAGCAACAUGCAGCCUUUGUUCAUUGGACAAACUGUGUUGUUUGUCAGCAAAGAGCCAAAAGUGAAGGAAAUGUUACAAGUGUUAAGGAGUAGUCCUCAGAUGCUACUCUUAGGUGCUUGUAUUGAGAACACGCUACUCUCACGAGAAGGAAUUCUUAACUACUCCAAGCUUCCGACCAUGCGUACGGUCCAUGGUGAGCUGGUUGGAGGCUUGACCUUGAUGACUUCACACACUGUUUCAAUGCUGCAUCGGCACCCUGCAUACCUCUCAGCUCUCCUCCGGCAGUACAUUAAACAGCAGCAGCCUGCAGACAGUGCCGAGCUCGAGGCAGCACCUAAAACUGAGGAAUCAGCAGCCUGAAUUGAAUUAUUUGCAAUCUGAGAGGCUGAAGAAAUUUCACAUCCAUAAUCAUGAACUCUGUGUGGACUCUGAGAACGUACAUUAGUACUGUGUUAACAUACAUAUGUCAUGUAUUUAUGGACUGAUCAGUGGAAUACUCAACAUAAAGAGAUACUUAAAAUGUCAGAUUUAUCAACAGUGACUUGGUUCUUUUAUUAUAUAUUUGUCUGAUCGCAUAUCAUAAACAGCAAUGUUCGAUGUAGAAAUAAAUGCCGGUAAAGUCAUUUUUUGGAUUCAUGGAAUAAUAUUUCUGUAAUAGAAAUUUGAAGAUGGUUUGGAAGAAACAUUGGUUCCACCAGAGUUAAUACAUCCAAUAUCAUGGAUCCUCUUUUUAAUCCCUGAAAUAUCUUGUGACAUUUAUGUCUUUCUGCCACAUUAAGCAUCUAUAGUGCACUCAAGAAUUAAUAAUAAAAUACAACUUCAUGCAAAUGAGAAAAAAUAAAUAUUUAAAGGAAUAACACAUGUAAUAAGCUAUAUUUUGAGCCCAAAUAUAGGUUUGUAAAAUGCAUUUCUUUUUCUAAAAAACCCUGCGUUCUAAAUGAUCAGCACCCUUUCACCCUUUGGUGAUGUGAGCCCUGGAGAAAA